UGGACGACGGCAUCAGUCUUUGGUCGAAAAAGUUCGUGUGAUGAUCAUUUAAACAACGCAUACGCGAAAUACUCAACAGUGCCAAAAGAUUUUUAUAGCAAAGAGGAGAGACUCACGAAGUGAUUGCUCCACUUUUGGAUAGUAAAAAAAAAAAUAAAGUAAAAGCGACAAAAUUCUAAGUCGAUUCAGUUGUGAUAGAAAACAAUUCGUUUUUGAACGUAUUUAUUCGUAUCGGAAAAUUAGAAAAUAGAUAAAUUUGAAAAAUGGGUUUGAAAUUGUGCGGUGCCAUCAUUGUUGCUAUAAUGUUAACCUUUAACUGCAACAUCUAUGCAAUUCCACUGUCCGAACUGAUCAAUGCCGAUCAGGUGCCAACCUCUUCAGCCGAAUCAUCGGAAUCAGGGUCUGGUGAAAACGCGACUGUCAAUGGAACCAAAAAAGAUCUAUAUGUAAUAAAGGCAGUGGUUUAUGAAAUUGGCAUUUUGACGGAAGCCGAUGAAAAUGCAACAUCAUCCGAAGAAAAUUACUCCCACGAACGCGUUGACUUAACAUUCUUCGACGCAAAAUCAAAUGGAAGUCAUUUUGAUUUGGGGCAAAUUCCUUUGCCCGUGCAAACAAACGUGACUGGACAGGUGUUGACUGGAAUUGCACCAAUCGAUUUGGGCACCAUUCAAAAUGCAACAGACAUCCUGAGCACUUUGCCGCUGACAGGGACAAUUGUCAACAUCACCCACAGCGAUACUUCGUUCAUCAAUUUGAGCCAUCGGCCGAGCAUCACCGAAAAUGGUACCAUUUUGAAUCCAGCAGAUAUUGCCAAGAUUCCCGGCUUAAACGGAACAAAUCCCAUAUUGAUAGACGCCAACUCUCCGGUCGAGCCCGAUGACGAAUAAGCUAUUCCACAUUUCUCAUAUUAUUCCUAUAUCUUAUUAUAUGAGUUCCAUUUAAGAGACUGUGCGCAUAGAUCUUCGGACCAAUUUAUUUAAACGUUCCCCAAAUUAGGUUUAAUCCCAGCAUUUCAUAAAGUCUAGGCUUUUAUUUAUUAAUAUAGCAAACAAAUCUAAUUCUAAACGAAACGACAACGAACGAAAAACUGCAUGCAGGAACACGCUGGAAAUGAUGUGCGAGCACAUUAUAGAUUUGGUAAUUUUUUUCUUCGGUAAAUCGAUUACCAUGUUUGGGCGAAAAGUUGUCCAUUUUUUUUGUAACCAUAGCGAAUCGAAGGUAGUUCGAAUCUGCUAUUUGUUAAAUAGUUUGUACAAUGAGAUUGAUGAUACAAAUUGAAUGUUAAUUGUAAAUUAUAAAAUUCGACGGAAAAAAAACAAAGAUGAGAAAAAAAAACAUGCGACCAACGAAGUGAUACGUAAAGAUGCUUUUGAAGUGAUAUACCUAUGUCAAUACCAGAGGCGUUCGAUAUAGUAGACAUUUUUUUUUACAUAUGUAUUAGUCAAAAGCAUGAAAUAAGUUCAAUAAAAAAAAUAGAGAAAAAAAAACUAAA